AUGCAAAAGGUGUUGAUACGUCCUAUCCACAUAGAAAGCUUACCCUCUUUCUUCCACAUAAGACAGGUGGAUGCUACAGCCGCUAUCACUUUGGCUGCAGGAGGGGAAUGGAACAGUGAAACUCUCGACGUCUUGUUUGUCUUGCCUAACCGUUCGGCCGGAGAUGCCCUUGUAUGGUAUAGUAAGCUGUUUAGCUACUUGUAUCGAUUUGCCACAGUGUGGUUAGAUAGAAUGCGCUGGCAGCCUCAGCUUGGCAGGAUGGGAAUGAAGGUCGAGGGAGCAGGGAAGCGCCAGGCUAUUCGCUAUUGGCUCACCCUUGUAUCAGGCCUUGGUACGACCUAUACAUGA